AUGCAACCGCAAUCGCACCGUGACGUUUAUAGGCGAGUAUUGAUCAGUUUGGUCGCAUACGGACACAGUCAAGGUGAAGAUCGUGGAGACCUGACUCGAUUCUACAACGUUAUUUUCCUUCCUCAUAUGUCAAAGUGUAUUCGUAAAGUGACUAAUUGCAAUCAACCGGAUGCGGCAAGUCGUGGAUUAACACUGGCCAGCGGUAGUACAGCCGAUGCAUUUUGGUCCGAUCAACCGACUAUGUCGCCUUUGCCCGCCUAUCCUGGUUUGCCUCCAUCUAUCACAGGAACCGUUCUAGGCAAUGUGCUCAAUGCAAGUUCCGUAACCGGGGCUACGGAAGUCUCUCAAGCGAGGUAA